AUGUUUUUAGUAGUAAGUAAUAUUGAUAUGUCGAAAAAUUAUUAUUUUUGCCCACUAUGCGCUGAAAGCAAACCCAAUUGUACAUUCCGAAAAUUAUUUAAACAUAUACAAUACGUGCAUGAUGGACAAACAGACUUUAAAAUUCGAUGUGAGCUUGGUUCAUUGUGUGGAACAAUAUACUCGACGUUUGCUGCGUAUAGAGGUCACAUUUAUAGAGAACAUGCUGACAUUCUUGAUGAAAAUUCAUUUCAAGAAGAAAUUCAACUUGAGAAGAACGCUGAUAAUGAUACAUUAGUUUCAGAAUGUGAUGAAACAGAUCUUGAUUUUCAAAUUGAAUUAAAUGAUGUAGAAGAUGAACAAAAUGCAGUAGAAGAAGAAAUCGAUUUCGAUGAUAUGAUCUCUUGGCCUUCUCUCAAAGAGAUAAUGCCUGGACUAUCUGAAGAAAAGAAGGAUUUAAACUCCUUUGAAAAGUUUUAUUUACAAUUUAUUCUUGAUCUUCGAGAAGGUCAUUCUUUACCGCAAAAUAUUAUGCAAGUUGUUACAUCGGGAGUACGAUCCUUGAUUGAAUUCAUUUGUGAAUUGUUAAAAGCACAUAUUAAAAGUUCUUUGUUGGUGGAGCAAAGAACGGCUACUCGUUCAUCAACAACUGAUUUCAUGUUAUUAACCGAUGUAAAUAACGUAUUUUCCAAUGUUAUUAAAAAAAUGGUGGAUGUUACGAAAAAUGAACAUAAUAUUUUGAAACUAUGCAGAAAAUAUUUUACCUAUGAACCAGUUAAAGAAAUAAAACUGGAAAAUCCGAAUGACGUAGCAUAUUAUGUACCAAUAAAAUCCAGUAUUCAACAGAUGAUAAAUUUUCCUGAUACUGUAAGAUCGAUGUUAAAAUCGAUUGAACUUUUGGCUAUGUGUCAUACAAAAUAUUUGCCCGUGAAAUUGAAUAGAAUAAAAUUUUUUGAACCAAUCGUUGAAGAACUUAAUGCACUUCAGACGACUGGAAUUUUUGUUCCAGCUCUUGGUACUCAAUUAAAUUUUGCAUUCACGGUUUUAGCUGGUGAUAAUUUAGGUUCCAAUGAUAUUGGUGGAUUUCAAAAAAAUUUUAAUGAUGGACAAUUCUGUAGACAUUGCCAUAUAAACUACGAUCAGAGACUUAUACCGUUAAGUGAAAUUUCUCCUCCUCAUCGAACAAGAAAUCAACAUGAUAAUCUAGUUCAACAAAUUAUAAAUUUAAAUAAUGAUUCCAAUGUACAAGGUGUUGCUGAUAUUAGUCCGCUUUCAAAAUUAACAAACUUUCAUGCUACAACAUCGUUGCCGAAUGAUCUCAUGCAUGAUUUUAAUGAGGGUCUCUGUAGUCGAGUAUUAUUAGCAAUGAUAAAAGAAGCAUCAACCAAACGCAUUCUUGCUUAUGGAGAAAUUGAAGAGAGAUUAAUAGCAUUUGAGUAUGGUCCUAAUGAUAAACCUAACAAGGGACCCGUUUUACGAAAGAAACAUUAA